AUGGCGCACAACCAGGAGCUUCUAGCCAAGACCCGCAUCACCAAGUUCAAGCAACAGGACUUUUACUCCUUAUGGGAUUAUUGCCUAAACAGAGGCCUGCUGUUUGAGGACGAGACAUUCCCUGCUGAGACUUAUUCCAUAGGUCUACAGCUGCUCAGGAAAAACCUCUCCAGCCUAAGCUGGAUGCAGCCAAAGGAUUUAUUGAAGGGUAAAUCAGAGCCUCACUUCAUCCUGGAAGGUGCGAGCAGUUUCGACAGCCAACAGGGGGAGGCAGGAGAUUGCUGCUUCCUGGCAGCACUGGGCUCCUUGACACAGAACCCACAGCACCUGCAGAAGAUCCGAAUGGACCAAAGCUUUUCAUAACAAUAUGCGGGGAUUUUCCGUUUUCCGUUCUGGCAGUGUGGCCAGUGGGUGGAAGUGGUGAUUGACGAUCGCCUACCUGUCCUGAACAAUGAGUACUUCUUUGUUAAUCCUCGCAACAAACAAGAGUUUUGGCCGAGCCUGCUGGAGAAAGCCUGCGCCAGGUUUCAUGCGUCCUGUGUCAACCUGCACUGUGGCUACCUCGCUGAUGCCCUGGUGGACGUCACGGGAGGGGUGGUCACCAACAUCAGCCUGCAUUCCUCCUCGUCUGACCUGAUGACAACGGUGAAGAUGGUAGCCGAGGCGGGCUCCCUGAUGACCUGCAGCACCCUGGCCGGGCCGACAAGUGAGUCCACAAGGAUGGCAAACGGGCUGGUGAGUCGGCGUGCCUACACAGUGACUGGCGCCGAGCAGAUUCAGUACAGGAGCGGCUGGGAAUGUCUUAUCCGCCUGUGGAACCCCUGGGGCAAGAGCGAAUGGAGAGGGCGCUGGAGUGACAGGUCUCUGGAGUGGCAGGAAACUCACGACCAACGGAAAAGCCAACUGUAUGAGAAUAAGGAUGAUGGCGAGUUUUGGAUGUCAUGUCAAGAUUCCCGAGAUAACUUCUUCUGCCUAUUUAUAUGUAACCAAGUUCCAGUCAGCCUGGACCAUGGAAACACACUCCCUGAAAGAUGGUCCCAACUGAUGUUUAAGAACCACUUAAUUCCAGGAAAUGCAGAAGGACCCCAGAGGGACAUGCAGUACAUCUUCUCUCUACCAGAAAGCAUGGAAAACAACAACGUCAUCGUGUCCUUCAAUUUUGUCAUGCCACAAAAUUUAAAGGCAAAAGACAGGACAUUUCCACUGAAGUCCGAGGUGUUCAAGAUCGACUGUCAGGUAUGGCCACCACCCAUGCUGCCGUCAGUCGAUGUGAACUCUGUGAUGCGGCUGUUGCCCAAGGGGAGGUACAUGUGCCAGGACGAGGACGGAAGGGAAGAGGGAGGGAGCCGGAUAAUUGCUGAGAAGGGCAUCGUUUCUGAAACCACAUGCAACCUUACAGAGUGCUUCAGCCUGAGCCCUGGGACCUAUGUGGUGGUCGUCUCCUCAGGCAGAGAAGCAGUUGAGUUCUUGCUCCAAAUCUUCCUAAAGAUGCCAGACAGUGACAGGAACCUGGACGAUAAUCUCAACCUCAGACCACUGCAGGUAAGUUCUUCCAGAAAUGGCUCCCAACGAAGCAUUUUCUACAAAUACGCUCAGCAGGGGCUGGACAUUGAUGCUACCCAGGUUCAGAGCCUUCUCACCCAGGAAUUCCUAAAAGGACCUCCAGGGGACACAUUCUCUUUGGAUGAGUUCCGGAGCAUGGUGGCUCUGACGGAUCUGAAGGUGAAUGGGCGGCUUGACCAAGAGGAGUUUUCAAGGCUGUGGAGCCGUCUUGUUCACUGCCAGAGUGUUUUCCAGAACUCCCGGAAGAACUCUGGAGUCUUCCCGAGUCUGGAUUUGUGGAAGGCCAUAAAGGACACAGACUUCCUCGCAGGGAUCUCCGUCACCACUGAGCGGCUGGAUGUCAUGAGACUCCGCUAUAGCGACAGCACAGGCGGGGUCAGCUUCCCCAGCCUGGUCUGCGUCCUGAUGCGGCUUGAAGCCGUGACAAAAGCGUUCCAGAACCUCUCCGAGGAUGGAAAAGGACUCUACCUGACAGAAAUGGAAAUUUACUUUCUUCAGUGCUCAGAAAAUAGUCUCGGAACCGAGCAGGAUGUGGUGAAACACUGCCCCCUGAUGGUCACAGUUGAUGCAGCUUCGAAGCAUCCACCUUCCAAAGGUUCCUUCCCACUCAAGUACCCAGUGUGGGCUCAGCAAGGAGCCUCCAGCCAGGCCAUCUGA